UGACUGCCGACAAUCGUUCUUGAACGCCCGUGCGCAGUAUCAACGGGGCAAAACCCCAUCAACUCCCGUCAUUUCCAUUGUUCUCCUCCCUGAUCGCCGAACCGCGAAUCCUCUCUCUCCCCCGGUACUCGUCCCUCCCUUUGAUCAUCAACUCCCCCGGCACACGUUCCUCCUCGUUAUCGGUCCACGCCUCACAGUACCAGCAGAGACAUAUACAACACGUCAAUCACCUCGUACUAGUCUGAACAAACGACCAACUGCAACUCGGUUUCGACUUCAACAUAAUUAUAACUAUCAGUAAUCAGUGACAUAUCCCGCCAACAUGCCUCUCCCACAACGCCGUGCCCGGGCUCGACCCACCUUCCAUGGCAGCCCGAUCGCUUCUAGCGGAUCCACCUCUCCAGCGUCGAGCUCGAGCUUGAAAGCGACCACCGCUAUCGCCACCGCCACCCGUCCUAGCACAGGCAUGACCGUAACGACGGGGCUCAAACCGGGACAUCUCGUUCCGAGAAAGACGACCUUGGACUUUGUCGCCUCUUCCCUUGCCGACCUUGAUGAUCGGUCGAGCGUCUUGGAAGGGGAUAUCGAGCAGGAUGGAAGCACCUUGCAUCCAGGACCGGAUGAUCAUGACGAGCAGGCGGUGGAGGGGAAGAACAAGGUCGUGACCCGGCGUCCUAUCGGUUUGGGAGAGCUCAUCGCGUCGUAUCGAGGUCAAGGUCGACCUCCAAGAGGACCUAUCGCUCAACAAAUGGGAUUUGACGUCGUCCCCAAUCCCACUCAGCAUGUCCUCGUUCCGGAAGAUGGACCCCCAAUGACCCAAUCAUCACACCCACUCAGACCACCGAGCGGCCACCUGAUCGGCGGGAAAGACGAGCACAUGCUGGAACCCAGUCCCACAUCACCCGGCUCUCUUCCCGGCUUAUCACGUUCAGGGGAGACCGCGUCGACAGUCUCUCCUAGAGCGUAUGAUUUCCCGCCUAUCCCUCUCGACUCGCAGCCCAAGGACGACGACGAUGACUCUGACGAUUGGGAUCUCGUCCACUUGGACCCAGACGCCUGGGUGGGAAUCGAGACGUCUCAACAUCAUCAACCAGGAUCCCGAGGAGGAUCCACCGGGGACGAUUCGGAGGACGAGUUGAUCUUUCUCGACGAGGAGAGUUUGGCAGCCAUGCGCGAGGAGGAGGUCAGGAGGAAGAAGAAGGCUGGCGAAGGUGGUCGGAUGCAAAGCAAACGAGAGAAGCUGGAUUAUGCAGCGGCUGUGCUUAAAGGUUGACUCUAGAAUCCGGUCCGGUGGCUCAGAUUGCAGUUGUAUUUGUAAGUCGGGAUGGGGUUGCCGUGUGUCGUAUCACUAGGCUUGUUUGCAUAUAGUCUUCAAUGCCUUGUCCGUAGAA